AUGGCCAAAGUAGAGCCUGGUCCACACCAUCACAGACUGACUAAGGGGGUAAACAGUGACACACACCCCUCCUCCCCAAGGAUGUAAUUGGAGCAGACAGCAGUUGGCCAGGCUCGCCUGACUGACAGACAACAACAGUCCAAACCAAAAGUUACACUGAAGAGUUCCAGUGAGCUGCAUUGGAAAAGAAAGAAAGAAAGAAUUAAGUUUGGAUUAAUCAACGGAGUUUAGCAGAGGAGAGAGCUUUUUGGUUUGGGAGGUCGCCAUGAAAAGCCUGGAUCUGAUCCUGCUGACAUGUUGCUUAUGCAGCCUGAGCACAUUUGGAGGUGCGUCUGAAGUGGAGAAGGCUCUGUUGAAGCAGCUCUUUACCGGCUACAACCUUAAGGUGCGGCCGGCAUCUAGGCCUGAAGAGAGGGUGGUGGUCCGUGUGGGUAUGGUCCUCUCCUCCUUCGUUGGACUGAAUAUGAAAAAUGAAGAAAUGAGCUCAGUCGUUGUCAUGAAUCUGGAAUGGACAGAUCAUCGGUUGUCAUGGAAACCCAAGGAGCAUGAUGGGGUUGAGGUGAUGCGUAUCCCCGCCGCGAAGGUUUGGCUGCCUGACAUAGUCCUCAUCAAUAAUAAUGACGGGGUGUUCGAUGUGGCCCUGCAUGUCCAUGUGCAGGCCUACAGUAAUGGCAGAAUAACUUGGACUCCCCCUGCCCUCUACUGCAGCUCCUGUGGAGUUAAGGUAACGUAUUUCCCGUUUGACUGGCAGAACUGCACCAUGCAGUUCCGCUCCUACACAUACGACUCGACGGAGAUCGACGUGCAGUACGCACUGGACUCAAAAGGCAACGAGAUCCGGGAGAUCCAAUUGGACGAAUCUUUCAGCGAGGGCGGCGAGUGGCACAUCCGACACAAGCCGUGCAGGAAGAACAUGAACAAUGACCUAUAUGAGGACAUGACUUUCUACCUCAUCAUUGAGCGGAAGCCCCUGUACUACGUCUUGAACAUCAUCCUCCCCUGCAUCCUCAUCACCAUCAUCGCCAUCUUUAACUUCUACUUGCCUCCUGACGCAGGAGAGAAGAUGGGUCUGUCGAUCAACGUGUUGCUCACCCUGACUGUGUUCUUGCUGCUGCUGGCGGAUAAGAUCCCAGAGACUUCACUCGGUGUCCCCAUCAUUGUCAACUACAUCAUGUUCACCAUGAUCCUGGUCACGUUUUCUGUUAUCCUUGGUGUGGUCGUCCUGAACCUGCACCACCGCUCACCCAACACCCACACCAUGCCCAUGUGGGUCCGUAAGAUCUUCAUCCACAUGUUGCCCCCUUACCUGGGCAUGAUGCGGCCAAAAGUAGAGACGCCCCUCUCCCUGGAGACCAUUCCCCGCAGAGAGAAAAAGAUCGUCACCAUCAGCAAGGUGGCCGACGAAUACUUCAUCCGCAAGCCCGACUCCUCCAUCCUGUUCCCCAAGCCCAACAGGUUUCAUCCCGAGGGCAUGUGUACAGACCUGAGAAAGUUCAUCGAUGGUCCCAGUAGCUACUUGACACUACCCGACGAGCUCAAGUCAGCCAUCGUGGCCAUCAUAUACAUCGCCGAGGCUCUUCAGGCUGAGAAGGACUACGAAGCUCUGAAGGAGGACUGGCAGUAUGUGGCCAUGGUGGUGGACCGCAUGUUUCUCUGGCUUUUCGUCGUCUUCACCACUGUGGGCACCUUGGCCAUCUUCGCUGAUGCCAGCUUCAACCACACCCCCACCGACCCCUUUAAAGCUCCCUGAAGGAGCGGGACGUUUUGUCUUCUUGAGCCAUACCCAUCCUGAUUUAUCACCACAACAAAUAGGGACAAAAUAAAUUACUGAAUUGACCUGCCAAAUGAUUCUCUGGGUGUAUUUCACCAUCAGCUAAUCAUUUAGAAACUCUAACAGGUACUCGAGGCAAGAAACUUGUCCAACGUACCCCACAUGUUUUUCACAGUCAUCUGUCACCAAGCACCGCAAAUUUACUUUAAUUUCACAUGACUUCAAGAUGGUCAUUUGUCUUUAGUGUAGACAGAAUCAAAUGUUAAAAUACAUCUUCACAAUAUUCCUUAUGACGAUGAACUAUUUAUAUUACAUUUGCCAUUUUUACGGAAGCCCGGAAUUAAAAAGAAUUCUGGUGAUUCAUUCUGAUGUAAAUAGAUUUCUCCUGUUUAUGACUUACAGUGGAAAAAAUAAUGCAAGGAUAAUUUUUGUGACACAGGUGGGAAAGUUUGUGAAACAGGUGGGAAAAAAAUAAGAAAAAAUGAAAAAAAUAAAUGUACCUGGUUUCCCGUUUUCAACCUGCCAAAAACAUAUUGUGCGAAGAAAUUGCGCAACUCCAGACUCUGUACUACAUUUAACAAUAAUUUAUUAAAUGGUAAAUAUUACAUUUAAAUAAUAAUAUA